CAUUAGCCUUCAGGCAGGCUCCCUCCGUCUCGCAUGCCAUAAGUACCGCAGCCUCAGCAGUGCUCGGGAACACCACCUUCUCCCCUAUACUAUGUGGCGUGGUACACCAAGGUUAUUCUUUGUGCUCGCUUUCGUCAUAAACUGCCUGCUCUGGUCUCAAUCCCGCUAUGCGCAGCUACCGUCUUCGCCCGCGCACUCGCUUGCGAGAAGGUCAUCCCCAGCGGAACGGCGGGAAUCAGGAAGGAUGCUGGCGUACUCGAACGCGACGACUUUGUACGAGGACCAGGUGUGUUGCUAUCCCGUCUCUCUGCCAGUCAAGGAGCAAUGCGCGAAUGUCGUUGAAGAAUGCCCAGCGCCGCAUACAUUCCUCUCGAUCCCCUACGUGAAACACUACUUUUGCGCAAAGCCCGCCAUUCGGCCGACGCUCUUCGCCGGGCUCUUACUCUGGCUGCUCUUUCUCUUCUCAACGCUUGGGAUCAGCGCGGCGGACUUUUUCUGUCCGAACCUUGCGACACUGGCACAUCUUCUCCACCUCGACGAGAACGUCGCAGGAGUCACUUUUCUCGCCUUUGGCAACGGUAGCCCAGACGUCUUCGCGACAUUCUCUGCGAUGCGCUCCAAUUCUGGCGGGCUCGCCAUUGGCGAGCUCCUCGGUGCGGCGGCCUUCGUGACGAGUUGUGUCGUCGGAUCUAUGUGCAUUAUCAAGCCAUUCAAAGUGAACCCAGCACCAUUUCUGCGUGACGUUGGCUUCUUCACGAUAUCCAUCGUUGUCAUGCUGGUUGUGCUCUGGGACAGCGUGCUUGAGCUCUGGGAAGCUAUGUGUUUGGUCGGACUGUACCUGUUCUAUGUUGCAGUUGUCGUUGUUGGUUCGUGGAUAGAACGCAGAAGGGAGAAGCAGCGCCGAAUGGAAGAAAUGAUGAGGGACGAGUACAGAGAAGACACCCCGUUAAUCCAGGAGCCAUAUCAGGACGAGCCUCCUACGAGCUCGUCAAACUUGGAAGUUCCAGUUCCAUACCAAAGAAGUCGUGCUGUGUCGGCGCCACAUCCACCUCGCCUAGGGAUCCAGCUGCCUAUCCGACCGACCACCCGCAACUCCUCACCUCACUCGACAGGGACACAUACGCCUUCGCCCCAUUCCAGUCAUAUGCCAUCCUUCUCGCUGAUAGGUGCUCUCGAGUUCCGACGUGUUGUCUCAUCGCUGCAGGAACAGGCGGCAGGCACUCGGCUGAGCCUCUUCGAGAGCAGUCCUCUGACACCCUACCCUGGAGGCCACUACCACCACCAUCCUCAUCUGCGCCGCACCAACUCCUCGCAGUCGCACACCUCCUUGCUGAGGGACGAAUCUCGCGAUCCAUGGGACGCUGCCCUUAGUUCGCACGGCGUGCCCCUUGAACAGCGCUCGCCUAUGGGCUCGACACACGAUCUGGAGGUCGGCGUAGAGAACAUGCCUAUACCCACAAUAUCCCAUAUCCCUGCAUCCCCGACGAUCACAGACAGCGAGCCAGAGCAAUACAUCCCCCCUUCUCGCCGACAACGCUUCUUCCGGACCCUCGGAGUCAUAUGUCAUGUCCUCUUCCCAACUCUGCACAACUUCAGACAGAAGUCAUACUUAGGGAUGAUCGCGGCCGUCUUCGCUGCACCCGCCGUUACGGCUCUGACGCUGACGCUACCGGUUGUCGUAACGAACCACGAUAUGCCUGGCCCGCACGAGGAAAAGCUCGAUAACGCGAGCCGCCUAGUGGAAUUCGAAGAGGAAGGGGUCGAGCGAACGCUGAUUGCAGAAGACGCGGUGGAGGAAGAGAUGCAUGAAUUACAAUUCAACAAGUGGCUCAUGGCCGUGCAGUGCGUGCUUGCCCCACUCUUCUGCGUGGCUAUUCUGUUUGAUGGCUCAGGUCGUGAGCCAUGGCUUUUAAUGGCGGCGGGCAUCGCUGGCGCUGCAGCUGCGAUUCUUGUCGCAGUGUUUAGUGGGAACGGUGAAAGUCAGGGUGCACGGCUGACGCGGUGCACUAUGGGUUUCAUUGUCGCCGUGGUCUGGAUCAUGGCACUUGCAGACGAGAUUGUCGAAGUCCUUCAGACAUUUGGCCUCAUCUUUGGUCUCUCAGACGCCAUCAUAGGACUGACUAUCUUCGCGAUGGGAAACUCUCUGGCCGAUCUCGUAGCGAAUAUGAGUGUUGCGGUGUUUGCGCCUAUUAUGGGCUUCUCCGCUUGCUUCGGCGGGCCAAUGCUCAACAUCCUCCUGGGCAUUGGCAUCACAGGUACCUAUAUCACAAGACAGACCUCGGAGCCUUACCCCCUGGAGUUCUCAACAACCCUCUUCAUCACUGGCGUGGGCCUCCUGGUUCUGCUACUCGCAACACUCAUCUUCGUUCCGCUGAACGGCUACUUCCUCCCACGGACUUGGGGUAUCGCCCUCAUCAUCGGAUAUACCUGUCUCAUGAUCGCUAACAUUGUCGUGGAGGUCAAGACGAGCUCCGCAUUCAUACGCUGAUAUACCCCGUUAGUCAUAAUCUCCCUACGCUACUCUGAAGUCUGCUUGUUUUCUUAUUUAUUUCUGUUUCGGUCGGAUCGUUAUCCACAUACGCUCACAUUUAGUAGUAGUCCCCGCACUCAGUCUCAUCUCUCGUUUGUAUAUUGCUUGUCUCGGGAAGUCAAUGGCAUUUGUAAAUCGAAGUAGCACCGGAUCAUUAUCUCAUAACGAAAGACAGUACUCAUCUCUGUUUUCCUUGCCUCGACACCUCCCUGUAAGACUCUGACUGACUUGUCGCAGGCACUAGAAUGCGCUCUAUUCGCUAUUGGCCGCUAGGUCUCUACACCGCCACUAGGGACGCUGACAUCUUUGUGGCGUUGGCCUGUCGAGACACACACUAUUGGUCCAACGUUGUAGGAAUUAUAUUCUGGUAGAAAAUACUCUGACCGCCAUCUGUUGUAUAACUUGUAUUACAUAGGCAGGUGUAGCACGGUCCGGUAUGAGUGCGUCACCCGAGUGGUCGGACGCCGUCUUUUAGGCUGUAGCCAUUCACGAACGCUACAAGAGCAUAGUGCUGCG